AGGCUUGUCAAGGACCCACCAAAGGACAAUUAAACUCAGUCUUUAUUGAAUUUACCGAAGUUACUGAGGACAUUAUCUCAAACAAUGUUUUGGAAUCCGUUUUUGAGAAUAUCCCUGUUGGUACUCCUGGUACCUUUGAUAUUGUGUGAGAAAGUAUCACCGAAACCCGGACUGAAAGGAUUCAGAGAGGAUUACAAAAGUAUUACGGAAACUUGUCAGGCUGUUGGAUUUAUCAAGAAGUGUCAAAGUCAAAGUAUUACCGGUAAAUCUAUGGUUGCCUUUGAUGUUCGAUUGAAAAAUCAUAAGAGGGGUCUUGGCACAGGUUCAAAGGUCGUGUUUGAGGCCGUGGACCUGAAUGAAGGGCUGGGAUACGACGCUUCCUCGGGAGUCUUCACGGCCCCUCACAGCGGACUUUACGUAUUUGACUGGACAACUCUGGCUUGGCAAGGGAAAACUGCUUACACUUCCCUCGCUGUAAAUGGCUCCCUUAAGUCAUGGAAUCACUGUCAUGACGUUAUAUCCAAAACAUGGCUUGCUUGCAGCAAGAUGACAGUAGUAAAGCUGAAACAAGGAGACAAAGUUUGGAUUGGAGUUUUCGGUGGAACUGCAGACAUGUAUAAGAAAUACACAUCGUUUUCCGGUUAUAGUCUGUAAAUGUUUCUGUAUUAAAGAAAUCAUUGACUGAA